AUGACACGCCGGAGACUGGGCCAUUUUCCCCUUAAUUACGUGGCCGGUGGAACCGCGGCGGCCGGGAGGCUCCAAACUCGCAGCCAAGGACACAGGCCGGACACCGCUGUUCCCCAACUUAUUUCUUGGCUCUUUCGGUUGACAUGGUGCAAAGAAAAGUCAGCGAGCGUGUUGUUGAAUUGCAAUGUCUUGGGGCACCUCCACAUUCAACGCUUCUCCGCCGGCCUCCGCCGAAUGAGCCCGCGCUCAAUUCGAUUUUCCUUGCUGUUGGGCACAUUUAGGAGCGCCUCUAUUUGUGAAACGUGUGGGCCUACGUUCUUCCAAGCUGACAGUCGGUUCACAGUGAGCAGCAUGUCACAGAGUCUUUGGGAAGCAAUGAAGUUCAUGACCAGAGCUCCGGGCUUUGAUAGAGUUUGGGAAAAGGUGACUCUUGUCUCUGCUGCUCCUGAGAAAGUAAUUUGUGAAAUGAAAGUAGAAGAAGAGCAUACUAAUAAACAAGGCACUCUCCAUGGUGGUUUCACAGCCACCUUAACAGACAGCAUAUCAAGAAUGGCUCUGCUAUUCACGGAAAGAGGAGUACCAGGAGUUAGUGUUGACAUGAACAUAACAGGUAGAUACCAACCCUCCAUUAGGUACAUGUCACCUGCUAAAAUAGGAGAAGAAAUAGUAAUUACAGCAAAUAUUCUGAAGCAAGGAAAGACACUUGCUUUUGCCUCUGUAGAUAUGACCAACAAGGCCACGGGAAAACUAAUAGCACAAGGCAGACACACAAAACACCUGGGAAACUGA